AUGAACAUACAGAAGCAAGAAGUGUUUGGGUACCACAGCCAGACUUUACGUCGCAUCCUUUGCUUUGUAGCAUCAGUACUGACCUGUGGGGUCCUUUCGCUGGUGUUCUACUGGAAGCCUCACUGGAGGGUGUGGGCCAACUGUGCCCCAUGCCCCUUGCAGGAAGCAGACACUGUUUUGCUAAGGACAAGAGACGAAUUUCAAAGAUAUAUGAGGAAGAAGGUGGUCUCUCUCUAUUUAUCCACACUGAAGUUUCCUAUAAGCAGGAAUCCAGGAGAGCCUCUGGUGGCUGACCGCCACUCUGUUAUAAACAAAGCUGUAUUGAAGCCAGAACUAAAAAUUCGAUGCAUCCAAGUGCAGAAAAUCAGAUAUGUUUGGGACAAUAUGGAGAAGCAAUUUAAAAAAGUUGGGUCACUAGAAGACAACAACUGCUGCUAUGAUAUCCAUAAUACAUUUGGAAUGGGUCUGACAAAUGAAGAACAAGAGGUCAGAAGACUGGUGUGUGGUCCCAAUGCCAUUGAGGUGGAAAUUCAGCCCAUAUGGAAGCUGCUUGUCAAACAGGUUUUAAAUCCAUUCUAUGUGUUCCAAGUCUUCACCCUAACUCUGUGGUUGAGUCAAGGUUACAUAGAAUAUUCUGUGGCCAUCAUCAUCUUGACUGUUAUCUCCAUUAUCAUAAGUGUGUAUGAUUUGAGACAGCAAUCAGUCAAGCUGCACAACCUUGUGGAGGAUCACAACAAAGUCCAGGUUACAGUCAGCGUAAAAGACAGAGGUUUACAGGAGCUGGAAUCUCGUCUCUUGGUUCCUGGAGACAUUCUUAUUCUCCCUGGGAAACUGUCAUUGCCAUGUGAUGCUAUUUUGAUUGAUGGGAAUUGUGUGGUGAAUGAAGGCAUGCUCACAGGAGAAAGCAUACCUGUUACAAAGACCCCUUUGCCCCACUCGGAGAACACCAUGCCCUGGAAAUCUCACAGCCUGGAGGAUUAUCGGAGACAUGUCCUUUUUUGUGGAACAGAAGUUAUCCAGGUUAAGCCCUCUGGUCAGGGACCUGUAAAAGCAGUUGUUUUGCAAACAGGUUACAAUACAGCUAAAGGCGACUUGGUGAGAUCCAUCCUCUACCCCCGGCCUUUGAACUUCAAACUGUACAGUGAUGCCUUUAAGUUCAUUGUGUUCCUGGCUUGCCUUGGCGUUGUCGGUUUUUUCUAUGCCCUUGGGGUAUAUAUGUACCAUGGGAUCCCUUCAGGAGAAACCUUGCCCAUGGCCCUACUGCUCCUCACCGUGACUGUCCCACCCGUACUGCCAGCCGCCCUCACCACAGGCAUCGUCUAUGCUCAGAAAAGGCUGAAGAAGAAGAAAAUCUUCUGUAUCUCCCCGCAGAGGAUCAAUAUGUGCGGCCAGAUAAACCUCGUGUGCUUUGACAAAACUGGGACUCUUACAGAAGAUGGCUUGGACCUCUGGGGGGCAGUCCCUACUGCUGAAAACUGUUUCCAGGAAGUCCAUAUCUUUACCUCCGGCAAGGCUUUGCCAUGGGGACCCUUGUGUGCAGCCAUGGCCAGCUGUCACUCUCUGAUCCUUCUCGAUGGAACCAUCCAGGGAGACCCACUUGACCUCAAAAUGUUUGAGGGUACUGCCUGGAAAGUGGAAGACUGCAACGUGGACUACUGUACAACUGGGAUGUCAGAGUCAAGUGUAAUCAUAAAACCAGGACCACAAGCCAGCCAGAGUCCAGUACAAGCCAUUGCGGUCCUCGUCCAGUUUCCGUUUUCCUCGAGCCUGCAGAGGAUGUCUGUGGUUGCUCAGCUGAUGGGAGAGGAUUGUGUUCACGCCUACAUGAAGGGAGCCCCAGAGAUGGUCACCAGGUUCUGCAGAGCAGAAACAGUUCCCAAAAAUUUCUCACAAGAGCUGAAGAAUUAUACAAUACAAGGCUUCCGUGUCAUUGCCUUUGCCCACAAAGAUUUGAAAAUGAAGAUCCUUUCAGAAGUGGAGAGUUUAACCAGGGAAGAGGUGGAAUCAGAGUUAACGUUCUUGGGACUUCUCAUAAUGGAGAACCGAUUGAAAAAGGAAACCAAACCAGUGUUGAAGGAACUGAGUGAAGCCCGCAUCCGGACUGUGAUGAUUACAGGUGACAACCUCCAAACGGCCAUUACUGUUGCAAAAAAUUCUGAGAUGAUUCCUCGGGGAAGCCAAGUGAUCCUUGUCGAAGCCAAUGAGCCAGAAGAUUUUGCUCCUGCCUCAGUGACCUGGCAGCUGGUAGAAAACCAGGAGAAUGGACCAGGGAAGAAUGAAACCUAUACUAACAUUGGAAACAGGUCAUUACCUGAUGGAGAAGGAGGGAACUGUUACCAUUUUGCAAUGAGUGGGAAAUCAUACCAGGUGCUGUUUCAGCAUUUCUACAGCUUGCUUCCAAAAAUUCUAGUGAAUGGAACUAUAUUUGCAAGGAUGUCUCCUGGGCAGAAAUCAAGUCUUGUUGAAGAAUUUCAGAAGUUAAAUUAUUACGUGGGCAUGUGUGGAGAUGGAGCUAAUGACUGCGGGGCUUUGAAAAUGGCUCAUGCAGGCAUCUCACUGUCAGAGCAGGAGGCAUCUGUGGCAUCACCUUUCACCUCGAAAACAGCCAACAUCGAAUGUGUGCCUCAUCUCAUCAAAGAAGGUCGAGCUGCAUUGGUUUCCUCCUUUGGGGUCUUCAAGUACUUGACCAUGUACGGCAUAAUCCAGUUUGUUGGUACAUCACUGCUCUAUUGGCAACUGCAGCUCUUUGGAAAUUACCAAUACCUUAUGCAAGACGUAGCCAUUACACUGAUGGUCUGCCUAACAAUGAGUUCAACCCAUGCCUACCCUAAGCUGGCUCCUUACAGACCCGCAGGACAGCUCCUCUCUCCACCAUUGCUGCUCUCCGUUUUUUUGAAUACCUGUUUCACCCUCAUCAUGCAGAUUUGUGCAUUUCUUUUUGUGAAGCAGCAGCCCUGGUAUUUUGAAGUUUACAAAUAUAGUGAAUGCUUUCUGGCCAACCAAAGCAAUUUUGCAACAAAUGUGAGUUUGGAAAGAAGCUGUACUGGCAAUGCGACUCUGCAGCCUGGUUCAAUUUUAAGUUUUGAGAGCACCACACUGUGGCCCAUCACCACCCUCAACUGUAUCACUGUAGCAUUUAUCUUUUCUAAGGGAAAGCCAUUUCGAAAACCCAUCUACACAAACUAUAUCUUCUCAUUUUUGCUGUUGUCUGCCACAGCCCUCACAAUUUUCAUUUUCUUUUCUGAUAUUUAUGAUAUACGCCAUGGAAUGGAGUUUGUCCCAAUCAUCACAUCAUGGAAGGUUUCUAUUUUUGUAACAGCACUUGUUCAGUUCUGUGUGGCCUUCUUUGUAGAGGAUGCCAUCCUUCAAAAUCGAGAACUCUGGUUGUUGAUCAAGAAAGAAUUUGGAUUCCACUCUAGAAGUCAAUAUAGGAACUGGCAAAGAAAGUUAGCAGAGGACUCAGGCUGGCCGCCCAGAAACAGGACAGACUAUUCAGGUGACAACAAGAAUGGAUUCUACAUCAACCUAGGAUAUGAAAGCCCUGAACAGAUUCCAAGAGAAAAACGAGAAUUGAGAAGCCAAACCACAGAACAACAUUUUUUAACCAGACUGUAA